GUUUUCAAUGAGAUAACCUCUCUCUCCCUACAAGAUUAUUAUUUCAAACAACAAGAAGAGCGUAUAAAAACCUUGACAACUGCUGCAAAUACGAACAGUUGCAAUUGUGAAUCAAUAACAGCAAUGAAAGUAUUUUUUGUGAUUUUAGUUUUAACUGUAGCGGCCUUGGCCGACCAUGAUCAUGAGGGCCAUGAUCAUGAUCACCAUGUCCACCAUGGAAGUCACGACUAUGUGGUCAAACAUCAUGACGAUUUGGUAAAAUAUCGUGAUGAGUGCUGCUCUAAGUUGAACAUCUCCCCUGAAUUAAUGGAAAAGUACAAAUCCUGGGAAUAUCCCGAUGAUGAAACUACACACUGCUACAUCAAAUGUAUUUUUGAACACUUUGGCUUCUUUGAUGAACAUAAGGGUUUUGAUGUCCACAAAAUUCACCAUCAAUUGGUAGGUGAACAUGGUACCGUCGAUCAUAAUGAUGAAAUACAUAAAAAAAUUGAGCAUUGUGCCGACAAGAAUACGCAAGGUAGUGAUGCUUGCACCUGGGCCUACCGUGGUGGCAUGUGUUUCAUUCGUUCCCAUUUGCAAUUGGUUAAGGAAAGUGUUGACCAUAAACAUUAACUUAAUUCACAGGAAAUGAAUUAAAAAUAAAUCUUUAACUUGUGUAUUAAUAA